CCGAAGGUGGUCAGUCAGGCUGUUCGACUUCAUGUGGGUCCGGUGCCGGUCGCUCGAUGAGAAGUUCACUGCAAUCAUCUUAGCUCGCUGGCUCAACCUUGACCGAAACUUGUCAUCACUACAUUCAAUCGUCGUGGCUAUCGUGAGUGGCCUAAUAGAUUGGGCAGCGUCAAUCCUGGAUCUUGGAACAUGGAAGGACGAAUUCAUACGGGAUCUUGGAUGAACUAAAUGAAUGGAUUUGCCAAUUGACACACAGCAGAUGAAACACUUUGACAGCCUAGCUAGGGAUGCUGCAAUCAAAGGCUUCGAAGCAAAACACGCAGGGUUCCGCUGCUAGAACCGUCUUCCAAGGUUUACCCCAUGCAGAUACAGAGUCGUAA